AAAUAACGGGGCAGGCACUGAGCGUGAUGGUUGGUGCUUGAUUCUGCUCUCAUGUAAAUGAUGAGGCUAUCCGCUAUCCACCCUUUUGGCUUCAUAUAAAUCAAUGCUGCAGUAUCUGUGAACAACAAGCCAUGGAGUAGACUGUCAAGCACCGAGUGGAGGAGGAGAAGAAGAGAGAGAGAGAGAGAGAGAGAGAGAGAACACAUGGCGAAGAAACCCUGUUUUCCACUCUUGUUUCUUCUGCUGAAUUUAGUGCCGCUACUAUUAGUGCUGAGUGGCGCCGAAACAUCUAGCAGAAGUAAAUUCCCACUCCCACCUCACUUUGUCUUCGGUUCAGGAACCUCUGCUUACCAGUCUGAGGGUGCGGCAUUGGAGGAUGGAAGGACUCCGAGCAUUUGGGACACUUUUGCUCACUCUGGGAAUGUGCAUGGAGCCACAGGGGACGUAGCAUGUGACGGGUACCAUAAAUACAAGGAAGAUGUCCAACUCAUGGUGGAAACCGGCUUGGAGGCUUACAGAUUCUCCAUCUCCUGGUCGAGACUUAUCCCUAAUGGAAGAGGACCUGUCAACCCGAAGGGCGUAGAAUAUUACAACCACCUCAUCAAUGAGCUUAUCAAACAUGGAAUCCAACCGCAUGUUACGUUGAUGCACAUUGACUUCCCUCAGGCUCUUGAAGAUGAGUAUGGUGGAUGGCUUAGUAGACAAAUGGUGAAAGACUUCACAGCAUAUGCCAAUGUGUGCUUUAGAGAAUUUGGUGAUAGGGUGUUGCAUUGGACUACCUUGAAUGAGGCUAAUAUAUUUACCAUAGGUGGUUAUGAUAUUGGAGGAAUACCGCCUCAACGAUGCUCUCCCCCAUUUGGGGUAGGCAAUUGUUCCAAGGGUGACUCCUCAACUGAGCCAUACGUUGCUGGUCAUCAUAUCUUGCUUGCACAUGCAUCGGCUGCAAGACUGUAUAGGAAAAUGUAUCAGGGGAAGCAACAUGGAUUCAUCGGAAUAAAUGUCUAUUCUUAUUGGCUUGUCCCUUAUACAAAUGCAACAGAAGAUGUGAUUGCAACGCAAAGAGCCACUGAUUUUCUUGUUGGUUGGUUUGUGGAGCCCCUGGUAUUUGGAGACUAUCCUGACAUAAUGAAGAAGAAUGCAGGCAAAAGGCUUCCAGCUUUCACCAAACUUGAAUCUGAGCUAGUCAAGGGUUCAACCGAUUUCAUAGGACUGAACCACUACAGCACAUUUUCCGUUAAGGACCAAUCAAGCAGCUUGAAAAUGGAUCAUAGGGAUUUCAAUGCUGACAUGGCAGUGGAGUUGAUUGAUGUGCAAGGUGGUGGUACACCGCUAACACCACCAAUUGAGUUUCCUGUUGCACCAUCGGGUUUGGUGGAACUCUUGGAGUAUUUCAAGCAAUGUUAUGGAAACCCUCCCAUUUAUGUUCAUGAAAAUGGUCAGCGGAUGCGCAGGAAUUCUACGCUGAAUGACACGCCGAGGGUGAAGUAUUUACAAGGGUUCAUUGGGGGCUUGCUUGAUGCUAUUCGGAAUGGAUCGAAUGCAAGAGGGUAUUUCUACUGGUCUUUCAUGGAUUUGUUCGAGUUAUUGGAUGGCUAUGAAACUUCCUAUGGCCUGUAUGCUGUAGAUUUGAAAGAUUUGAAAAGAUACCCCAAGCUCUCUGCACAUUGGUACUCAAAUUUCUUAAAAGGAAAGAGCAUGAGUCCAGAUGGUGCCAUUGAAGUUGAGAAGUCAAUUUCCUCUCUUUCUCAAUCUCAUUUUUCUGAGUAGGUUUUGCUUUGCCAAAUUGUAUGUGUAUUGGCAGGCAUCAUUAGCAUUGUGUACCUAAUAAAUAUGUGAUACACAAAGUGGUUAAAAAGUCUUCAUUUAUUUGCAAUGAAUAAUCAAUCUUGUUUCCUU